GUUAAAUAGGUUAUCGUAGAUUAUUGAAAUUAUAUAUUACAUCCUUUCAUUGAAAUUCAUAUUUAAUGUAAAGAGGAAGUAAACAGUAGCCUAGAGCAAUCGAUUUAGUUCCAAAUGCAUGGUUACAAAACCAUCCAGGAUAAUGGUGAAUGAAGUGGCAAUCCUUCUUUUUCUUAUCCUACCUUCGACUUCUGGAUUUAAUGUCGGUAUCAAGGGGGCCAAAAUUUUGUCCGGUGAACCGGGUUCAAUGUUUGGAUAUUCCCUAGAUUUCGCCACCAAAGACAAUAAUGUAUGGCUUUUGGUAGGAGCACCAAAGUCAAUAGAUAUAGCCAAAAAUUUGACGACCGGAACUUUGUACUACUGUACACCAAACUUUGUGAGUUUGGCAGACUGCAGACAACUUUCUAGUGGACAACUUCCAGGUGUAUCAUUAGAAGAUGGAUUUACAGAAGAGCGCUCAGAGAUGUGGCUGGGGGCUUCAGUAGAUGCAGGAGUUCAAGUCACGUUUUGUGGUCCACGGUGGAGGCGAAGUGGUCCAGAUGGCAAUGUUACUGCAAUGAAUGGAUUGUGUUAUGAAGUGCCACUUGGAUACUUACAAGGGGACCCCUCUGGUCUUCUUAAUCCCAGCAUAUUGAUUGGACUGUAUAACUCUAAGCCUUCGGAUCAAUUUACAGAAGCUGAAGGGACUAUGUUCAACCAGACCAUCAAAUAUGGAGUAUCUGCCUCUGGACUUUCCAUUAAAUACAUGAGGAAGGAUGGUGAUAUUUGGAUUGGUUCACCGGGUUUGAAUGAAUUUUCAGGAGGAGCAGUUCAUGUGUCAGGAUCUUCCUACACACUGAAGAGUGAAAACACCACAGAGACUAAAGAGGGACAGUUAUAUGGUUACGCUGUAAGUGUUGGAAAGUUUUAUAGUGACCAAAAACCUUAUAUUGCUAUUGGCGGUCCCAGGGAUGGCGGCUCAGGCAAGGUUAUUAUUAUGGAUUCAAAUAACAACAUCAAGGAGAAGUUGAUAGGAUCAGAGCCAGGCAGUUAUUUUGGAUCCGUCUUGUGUGUUAUUCCCGGUAAUGGUGGUGGAUCAGACUAUCUUCUCGUUGGGGCACCUAUGUACAGUGAAAUGCAGACGUAUUCUACAUACUAUCAUAGCAUCGAGGAAAUGGGACGGGUGUAUGUGUACAGGCAGACAAAUGAAACUUUACAGAUGACACAAAUUCUAGAGGGGUCUAAAUGUAGAUGGUGCAGAUUUGGUUUUGCCAUGGCCAAUCUCAACGAUAUCAAUAACGAUGGAUUUAAUGACGUCGUUAUUGGAGCACCAUUUGAAAAUGAUGGACAAGGUGCAGUGUUUGUAUAUAUGGGGUACAAGAGAGGAUUUUACUUGACACAGACAAUUACUGCAGCAAGCGUGGCCCCCUCUGGUACAACACUGUCUACAUUUGGUAGCUCAUUUACUCAGCACCCAGCAGAUUUUAAUAGUGACCAGUAUGCAGACCUUUCCAUUGGUGCAUAUGGUUCAGAUAUGGCCCUCAUCCUUUUUACUAAUCCUCCAAUAACUAUGAAAGUGGGCACCAAAACCAACCUCACUAAAACUUCAGUCAUAGCACUAAAUACCACGGGGUUUACAUUGAACGUCUGUUUCGAUUAUGAUGGUGCAAAUUUACCCUCGGAUGUAUUGGUAACAUAUGAAAUAACAGCUGAUCAAACCUUCCUUGCGAGCAGUAUCUCCAAACUGGGUCGUGUUUGCUUUAAACAGUCAGAUGAGAGUUGUGUUAGCAAAGUGAAUGGGACCUUUACAGUAUUUAAAGCCCCUCCUGAUCUGGCCUGCCCAGUUGACCCUCUGCAAAUCAUGGUUAGAGAUGACUGGGAAAAUAUGAGGGGUCUGUUUGUUCCGGUGGACUUUGAAGUAGAGUUCAAUGUAUCAACUACUGGUAAUACACAGUGUACUGUUAGCUGUCCCGUAGUCAACAAAUUUGAUCCUAAUAACGAUGAACCAUUUGCAAAGUCACGGAAAUAUUCCUAUCAGCUUGCAAGAGAAGGAUGUGUUGAUGAGAUAUGUGAAUCUGAUGUCAAACUAAUGGUCACCUCACCAGACACAUUGGUCACCGGACCACAAUCAGAAUAUUCCAUAGAUGUAUCCAUCAGCAACCAAGGCGAGCCGUCUUAUAAUACAGAAAUCCUCUUUACUUUCCAUCCAAAUAUGACGUUAUAUAGCAUAGAAGACCAAAGUGAUGAAGACUCUCUUAUUUGUUCAUCGACUGUUGGCUCAAUAAAGUGUUCAUUUAAUAAACAGCGUUUCGACCCAGGUGAACAGUUAGCAUUCAGAGUUCUAUUUAACAGUAGUGAAUUACUGCCAGUCGUCGAUACUUUUGAUCUGAAGGUAGAAGUUCAAUCAGAUAGUACUGAUAAGAAUUUGCAGGACAACACAUUUAACAAAACGGUCAGAAUUUUGACUAAAGUGAUGGCUAUUUACAAUGUGGCUGCAAACCCAGAUACAUACAUAACAAAAGUCAACCCACCAAAUCCCACCAUAGAGGUGAACCACAGUAUUCAGAUAGUUAACACUGGACCCAGCAAUCUUCUGGACACGAUGACAUUUAACCUGGAAUAUGCACACUCAAGCCUUGUUAAAGCAAGGAGAAUUCUUUUGAAUGUUUCCUCUGCGACUAACUAUACCCUGAUUCAGUGCCAAAAUCAAGUUUUAGUACCAGAGGGAGAGACGGAUCUGAACUACCGAGCGUUUAUUAUGUCAUUAAAGGAAACAGGAAAUUGUGAGAGAGGUGCAGUCUGUAACAGAUUGACGUGUGAAGUAGGGGCUUUCAUGUACAAUAGUUUCAUACUGGUAGUUGUUUAUUAUGACGUGGCACAAAACCUGUAUGAUACAAUAAAUAGUCAGACAGGUAACGACAAUGUUCAGAUCGUAACCAAAUUCACACCGGAAGUAAAAAAGCCAGGAGUCAGUUUAGAAAUUCAAAGAAACGGAGGGAAUUCCCUGUACCUGUCUACCUCCGUAAAGACACGAUUCCUUCCCAGUAAGAAAGAGCCGAUUCUACCUACUUGGGGAAUUGUCUUAAUUAUCAUUGGAAGUUCUUUACUCAUUCUUGGAGUUGUUUGUUUUAUUCUAUAUAAGAGGGGAUUCUUUGUUAGAAAAUACAAAAAUGAAAUAAAAGCUCAUCGGCUGAAAAACGAUGAACAUGCCUUUGCUAAUUUAGCCAAUGAGAGCACAGCUGAGGAGAAACCAGAGGUUGAAGGUCAUGUGUAUCAUAACUUUGAAUUAGAAGAAUCCAUUCCAACGGAAAGGAGGAGCUACGUAGCAGAAGAACCUCAAGCUAUUAACCGAAAUAGCAUAGAUCUUAGUGGAUUAAAACAAUUAGAAGCAGACAUGGACGACUUUGAAUCACAUCUGUAUGUCAAUCCUGAUCCACAAAUGAAUUCCACGUCACGCUGUUCUUCUAUAUCAGAAGAAAGUAAUCGGACCGAUAACUUAUCAUUGAAUGCAGGUGUUUCUAGGAGGGGUGUGUCUGAAUAUGCUGCGAUUGACAAAUUAAAUGGAAAUUCAACAAAUGGAGAUAUUUCUGGCGAAUCACAAUUACAUGAGAUCACUAAGAUGUAAAAAAAAAAUAAAGGAAACAAGUGUUCUUGAAGAGAUUAUGAUCAAAUUGUUUAUAUUUUGGCAAGUUAAUAUUGCUCAGCUUCAUUUGCAAUUUUUUUUUAAUUAGGACAUCUAUUUCUUUUUAUUUGCCUAUAGAAUUGGAUUUUUAAAUGCCUAAGAUUUUUUUCAUUCUAAAAGAUUAUUGUCUUCCAAAAUAGUUGUAAUGAUACUGUAACUAAUCACACCUUUUGCAUAUAUAUAGACAUCGAAGAAAAUUCUUGUCAAGCAUACUGAAGCGCCGAUAUAUAAAUAAUAUUCAUUAACUUCAGUGAUGAACUCCUGCAGUUUAUCUCAAAAUUUUGUCAUAUUCCGAUAAUUCUUCUCUUAUAAUUUUCAUUCAGUUUCAAUAUGGAGAAAUCUUGGACAUUUUUGUUGAAAUAUACAUUGUUAAAAAAGUAAAUAACGGUUUCAAUUUGCAUUAAAUGCCCAAAGAAUAUAUACAUCUACUAUAUUUAUAUGUAUAUUUCGCUAUGUGCAUGUUAUUUUCCGAAAUAUUUGGUUAUUUAUUUUAAUUCAAAAUAUAAGUGUGUCUUUUAUUAUUCAAAAAAAUACACCCUAGGUCUACCCCCCCCCCCCGUAAAAAAUAUUCAUAUUCAGGGAACAGUUGUUGAUAUUGAAAUAUUUUUUUCUAAAACACUUGAACAUUUUAGAAAAUUAACAUUUUCAUUGCGUAUGAUAUCACAUGACAAUUUAUUACAUGUAAGUGUAGUAGCAGUGUUGAACUGUUAGAUUAUAGUUUAAAUGAAUAUUGCACUACAAUUUGGUAUGGUAGAAUAGUACGCUUAUAUUAUACCGUAUUAUUGUGCACGAUGCUUUAUCAGUUAUCCGUAUAUAGUUUGGAAAAACUUCAAGGUAUAAUUUCAACGAAUGUCAGCAUGAUAUAUGUAUUCGAUAAUACAUAUUUUACAUAUCAAAAUUAAUAUAAUAGUUAUGUUUUAUCAUCCUUUAAGAUAUUCAUUCUUAUACCACAUAUGAUGUGGGUUUUAGUAUGUAAUAUGGUACUAUAUUUUGACUUUUAUAUGUUUUGAUACUUUCACAUAAUUGUAACUAUUUUGAUUAAACUACCGUUUUCAUUUCACAAUAUAUGACUCUGCUUUUAUUCCACUUCAUAUUGUACAUGUACAUUUUUUUGGAAUUCAUGAUAUUCAUUAUUAUUUUAAUAUUAUAAAAAUGUAUGCGUGUAUUUUAAUCAGUAUUUUAUAAGUAUCUGUGAAACAUUGUUAAAAAUAGAUGUAUAUAUACAUAGCACAAAAUAGUUCCCAUGAACAAUUCAUAUCUGUAAAUGAAACUACGAAUGUCUCUUUGAAUGUUUCUUUUCAUAUAUUCAAUCACAUGAUUAUAAAAGCAAAAUUGUACUCACUGUAUUCUGUUAUAAAAAUAAUGAAAUAAAAAAUAAAAGGCAUAGUUUGUCAUA